CACCAUCGGAGCAAGUUGCCACCGCACGCCAACCAUGCGAGCCGUCGUGAUGUGUCUGUUGGUGCCGCUGGUGCGUGGAUCCUGCUUGCCUGAUGCCAUUCCACCUGGACAGCGUCAGAAUCUCGUGAACGCCAAUGGUGAGACCUAUCCUGUGGGUUUCAUGAUUGCCAACUGGGCUGCCUCCUAUGCGGCCAACAUUCUUGGGGCAACGUUGGUUGAGGAGAUCUUGGGCUAUAACACGACCGCAAAUCUUGACAACGUCGCUGCUGGUGCCGUCGCUUCAUAUUAUGGAGUUGCGGGUUGCCGCACAUUCAACGAUCUUACUGAUCGUGGCUGCAUGUCUGGCGUCACCUACUACCAUGUUGGCUUGGAAACGUGGUUGGGAUACCCGGCUGAUUGGACCAUCAUCCAGAACACCUACACUUCCAUGGCGCCAAAGGAUUUGGGAAGUAUGGGAUACACAGGACCUUCUGGAAUCUUCAUUCCCAGCCAAGUCCAAAUUCACGCCUACUCAACGCAAGGCAAAGCAUUGGAAUUCUACCGUGAGUGGAAUGCAUCUUGGAAUCAGCCUUCCAACUUCUUCAGUUCCUUGUCAUCGAUCGACGUGUCCCAUUUGGACCCUUGCAGCGCAUCUGGUGGAAUCCGGGCAGAUGACACUGUCAUGCGGCGUCAUGUCCAUUUUACCGGUGACAUUGAUGGGGUUGUCAUCAACAAUGAGACCUAUUCGGCCCGUUGCGAUGAUGGCUUUUGGUGGGCUUCUGCAGCAUGCCGAAACGACUUGUCGAAAUGCGUUGCGUUCAUCACUGCUGGUGGUGGCUGUGGAGCAGAAGAUGCCAUGCAGAAGUUCACUUUUCACAACAUGCCGGUCGCCAUCGGAGUGACUGCAUCAUGGAGUUCCUACACACAGGUCCCCCUCUUGCACAACGUGACGUUCUAUUGGUGGGCGCCCGAUCCUACUUUCUUGGAACGGAGUCCUUUGUUCAUGGAUUUUCCAACGCGCAACGAAAGAGAGUAUGCUGCAGGCAAAAUGGCGACUGCCAAUUCGGACGUUCCAGUGAAUGCCAUCGUCAGCUCUGACUUAGUAGUCCUGGCCCCCUUCGUUCAGACUUUCGCAGACAACUUGCACGUGACCAUGGAGCAGAUGAAUGCGAUCCUGUUGGACCAGAAGAACACUGGAGACACAUGGAGGGAUGUCACAUGCAGGUGGAUCACGGCAAACCGAGCGGUGUGGCAGAGGUGGAUGCCCGAUGAAAGCGAAUGUUUUCCUGGGUUCGGACUAUAUGACUCAUUGCUGCAGGAUUUCACUGACGUGCGAGUGAAUGCAACCAACAAAAUUGUGUGCCAGGCUUGUCCACCAGGAAUGUUCUCGCAAAAGUUGGAAGACAACAAAGGAGUAACCUACGUCUGUGUGCCUUGUGGCAAGGGAACAAGCCAAAGCUCCGGUGCUUCGCUGUCCUGUGCGCCAUGCAAAGCAGGUGAAUAUCAAGAUGAACUUCAAAGCACAGAGUGCAAGCGCUGCGACUUUGGCACUUAUCAGGACCUGAGUGGCCAAGAAGCUUGCACGGCUUGCCCGGAUUCCACGAGCACCCUUGGCUUCGGUUCAGUGGCAGAAACCGAUUGUGGCUGCCCGGAAACUUUCAUUGACAUUGACGGCUCAGGAGCCUUCGAGUGCGUUAAGUGCAGUGAAGGAAUGUCAUGCCCAGCUCUAUCUCAGCUGGCUGACUUGGUGAGUGGAAGCAUCAGCAAUGGAGCGGCGCUCGCUCCACAGAUCAAAGGGGGAUAUUACUCCACCAUUGACGCGCCGACCGAGGUGUUCCUUUGCACCAGCGCAACAUCUUGUCCUGGUGGCCCUCCUGGUUCAUGUGCUGGUGGCCUCGCCGAUACUCCUUGCUCGCAAUGCCCUGAAGGUGCAACGUGGACGGGAAGUGAGUGCGAAGAUUGUGCAGGAUGGCGCCAAGCUCUAUGGGCCCUGGCAGUUGCCGGGAUCUUCGCUUUCUUGGUUGUGGCUUACUAUCUCACUACCUCCAAGGUCACUGCAAAAGCCACUGUGCUGUUUGCGACAACGGCUUCCUUUGGCAUGCUGGUGAUGGCCAUGCAAAACUUGGGUCUCAUUGGUAUGAUGACCGUGCCAUGGCCACUAAACCUUCAGGGACUCUUCAGCAUUUGCCAGUUCCUCCUGCUCGACAUUGAUUCGUAUGGCUUCUCAUGCAUUGCAGGCCAGUCAGAACCCAUCCGCUACCUGCUCAGUGCAUUGAUCUUCCCAGUUGGUGUGGCCUGGAUGGCGCUUUGCUAUGCUGUGUCGAAACUCUUCCCAAAGAAAUAUCAUUGGGAAGGGCCCAAGGUGUGCAGCACAAUGGGGGCAUUCCUUCAGGUGGGCUUUAGCACGAUGAGUGCUACGGCUUUGUCUCCAAUGAUGUGCUACAAGCAUCCAAAUGGCCUUCGAAGCAUCCUCAAGUAUCCGGGCGUCAUCUGUGGCUCUUCCGAGCAUGAUGCUAUGUUGGCCAUCGCAUGGAUUUUGCUCAUCGUCUUUGUCUUCGGCUUUGUGGUGCUGUGCGUCGUCUCAGUCUUGAUGGUCCCGAGAUGGAGUGUGACGCGUAAGAACCAUCUCGUGGCAGCUGUGCGCUUCUUGGUUUUCCGCUUCAGGCUCGAUUCAUGGUGGUUUGGAGUGCCGCUGCUGAUUCGCGGGCCAUUGAUCAAUUUGCCGGUGGUGCUGGCAACAGACUUUCCACCAAUCCAGGUGGUGUGUAUUGCGAUGAUUCUGACCACAAUGAUGGUGAUGCAGAUGUUGGCUUGGCCAUGGAAGGUGCCAAUGCUGAAUGCGACCGACUGCAUCCUCUCCUUCUGCAUCGUGUUGCUCGUGACCUGCUCUGCGCUCUACCUCAACAAGAUUGAUGAGACUAUGUAUGGCUUUGCCAGUGCGGUCUCGACCGCUAUGCUGAGCGGCAUUGCUGUAGCCAUUGGCAUCAUGAUCGUUAUGACUGCGAGUGCACUCUUCUACCGCAGUGCGAUGGGUGGUAAGAAGGAGCUCAAGUUUUUCAACUUGGGCAGUACUCCGACUUCCGAGGGCCUGGCGAAGAAAGUCCAGGAGAUGGUGAAGGAACUCGAGAGGAUGGAGGUGGCAGAUGUGUCCCAGAAGCUGAAUGGCUUGGCGACUUUCGACAUCAAAAAAGUCACCACUUGCAUCACAUUAUUGGCGACUGAGGUUGCGCCGCCUGCUGAGCAUGGGUAUUCCUUCAAGUUCAACAAGCGAAUUGCUUCGGCCUCCUUUGACCCAAUGCUGAAAAGGAAGCCGCAAUCGCUGAGAAGCAGCAAGGGGGAAACCGAGCUGGCGCCCAAGAAGGACAUUGAAAUCAAGGACAUCCAACAAGAAGCUGAGACGAACAAUGUCGUGGUGGAGCAACAAGAAACGCAGAAGGACGAGAUAUUGAAUUCGUCAUGGAUGUGAGAACAGCUUGGCAGUUUGGCCAACUGUUUGAUCGUUUGUUUAAUGCAGAACUGCCGAAGUUUCUUGGCAGUUUUCCAUGCAAAGAGAUAUGCAGCCAGUGUUUGCAGUACAGUAAAAGGUUGUGG